AUGCCAUCGAGCGACCCGCUCGCGACGCUCGACCUCGCACCGAAGCAGCCGAGCUACCCAUGGUACUUUGCUGAGCGGCCAUCGCUCGUGCACGGUAUCUCGGACAAGUACCUGUCGCUCAUCCUGCCGAUCAUAUGCUACUGGGGCCUGAGCACGGUGUACCACUUUCUCGACGAGUGGCAGCACCCGUUCUUUGAAAAGUACCGUAUCCAUGAGCCGGAGGAAGUGACGAAGCGCAACAAGGUCUCCAAGACGCGUGUCGUCGCCAUGGUCCUUGUGCAACAGCUCAUCCAAACUGCUCUAGGAAUCUUUGUCCUCGAGGACGACGAGGUCGUGCACAAGCAGGUCUUCGCGGACCACAAGGCGCAUAUACGCAGCAUUGGCGUCAGCCUCGCGAGGGUCGUUGUCAACAUCUUUGGCAUGAAGCAGGGUAUGCAGAUGCUCACUGCGUUCGGGACAGGCGUCGGCGAGUGGAUCUAUUGGUGGGGCGUCCCGAUCGCGCAGUUCGCAUUGGCCCUCAUCGUGAUGGACACUUGGCAGUACUUCUGGCACAGGGCGUUCCACCAGUCCAGAUUCCUCUACCGCAACUUCCACAGCCACCACCACAGACUUUACGUUCCUUAUGCUUUUGGGGCGCUGUAUAAUCACCCUUUGGAAGGCCUUUUGCUUGACUCUCUCGGAGCCGUCGUCUCGCACACACUCUCGUUUAUGACUGUUCGACAGGGCAUCCUCCUCUUUGCCUUCUCGACGCUGAAGACUGUCGACGACCACGGCGGAUACGCGUUCCCAUGGUGGAUCGAUCCGCUACAUUUGGUGUUCCCCAACACCGCAGCGUACCACAACGUGCACCAUGAGAUGCAAGGGCUGCGGUACAACUUCAGCCAACCGUAUUUCAUCGUCUGGGACAAGUGGUGCGGCAGCCAGAUGAACCCGGAAAAGUUCAAGGAGCUCAAGGCGCAGCGCGCACGCAAAAGCCAAGCGUACCAGAAGAGCGACGAUAAAGUUGCUGGCACGGGUGCAGGGGAGUGCCAGUCAAGUGCUGUCAGUGCAGGCGCACAGGCAAGCAUCGCCUUCGACGGCCUGCGCAAGCGCGAUGUUGCGCCAAAAGAGAUCGUCGACGCGGUCCGAGAUCCAUUCGUUACGACCGACCCGGGCGAACACCACGCGAAGGCUGGCACGAACGCGCCCUCAUGA